AUGGCCGAACCCGACGAGCUCUUCACCCUCAAGAACCAGCUCUGGGUCGGCAACUACGCGAACGUCCUCAGCGAAGGCACGCUCCUGAACCACCUGAGCCAAUCCCUCCGCAACGAGCGCGACGUGUACGUCUACCGCGCGCACUUGGCGCUAGGGAACGUCUCGCUCGUCCUCCAGAGUAUCCCCGAUCCUGGAUCCGAGACGCCCAUUGGUCUAAAUGCCGUCAAGCUCUGGGCCAUGUACUUGAGUGGCCACCAGGACAAGGAAAUGCUGGACUUGACGCUCAAGACGUGGCUUGAAGAUCCUCGAAGUGGCGAGAACCCGCACCUGUUGCUCCUGGCUGGACAGAUCUACGCCCUGGAGAACAAGCUCUCGGACGCCCUUUCAACGCUCUUGAGAGGGGGAUCCCUCGAGCAUUUGCUUUAUGUGGUGCACUUGUAUCUGCAGAUGCACCGACUGGAUCUGGCUACCAAGACAGUGGAGGAGAUGCAGCGGAUUGAAGAAGACUCGACGCUGACGCAGCUCGCCCAAGCGUGGUGCCUUACGCUGCAAGGCGGCGACAAGGCUGAUGAAGCCACGCUGCAUUUCCAGGAACUCGCUGACCGCUUUGGCUCGACGUCGUUGCUGCUGAAUGGCGCGGCGACGGCGUUUAUGGCCUUGUCGAAUUAUGUGGAAGCUGAGCGGCUGCUGCUGGAAGCAGUGGCGAAAGAGCCGGGCAAUGAGGACACGCUGAUCAACUUGAUUGCGGUGAGUGCUCACUUGAACAAGAGUACGCAGCAGUACAUUGUACAGCUGCAGCAGGUUGCGCCGGCCAGUGCGUGGCUCAAGAACUAUGUGCUGCUGGACGAAAGCUUUUCCGAGAUGGCGGCGGUGUUUGCGUGA